GUGGCGGUGGCAGAGGUUAGUCUAAGGUAGAAAUUGCGAAGGUAGAAAUUGGUCACCCGUUUGGCUGUGUCCAAUUCGAGAGAGGGACAUAGGUUUUAUUUUGAGGUCCUUUCGAGUGAAUCCAGCUAAUUCAUAUGGAAGUGAGACGUGGGGCUCAGACAAACAUAUUGCCAGCAUGGACCGAUGUUCUCGUACAGGAACAGAAGACUUUUGGGAGGGCACAACUAAAUGUACAAACACGAACCCUACCCGGACACAACGUCAUCGUACAACAUCACAAUUUAGAUCACAAAUUGUAUCCAUGCUGCUCGGGAAAUUUGACUCUGGACAAUCACAGAAUAUUUUCUUCCUUUUGGUUUUGAAUAUAAAAUUUGCUGAUUACUAGUUAUGAACUGAUGUGAGAAAUCAAGACCAUGAGGUGCAUGUGAUGUGAGUACUGGAUUUCUCGAGGAAGAGGCAGAAAUGAUUCAGCGAAGAAGAAUGCCAUCUCAGGGUUGGUUAUCAGGGUGACAGGAAGGGGAGUCACUUUCUUUCGAAGAAGGGAAGGACUGUAAGGCGAAGGUGAGGGAAGGAAAGAAGUGAAGUGUUGGGGGAUGGCUACUCUUCCGGAGGUGCAGGUCGAGCUCUACGUGAGUGGCACUGGACCACGUCACAGUUUCAAAGAGAAAUUGCAAGGAUGGGAAGCGAAUCGCCUCGAUUUGGAGACCAUUAUGAACAAGUAUUCUUUGAAGGCCUUGUAUGCAUACUCGCUCAGUAAUGGCAGGGGUCAGCGAUUGAUCCAGCACCCCAGAAAUGGUCUCUCUAUGGUAUGCUACUCAGGAAAACCUGAUGUCGUCAUCCGGCUUGAUUCCGAUCCUAAGACGUCAAUGAUGCAGAGGGCUGUUCUCAUGACGGUAAUCAUUUCAGUGAUUAUCCUUUUGAUAUUGGCGUUCUCCGACGAGGCCGAUAAACCUCUCUGGUUCAAAAACUUUCAAGCGCUUGGAGGCGGAGGCAUCGGCUGGCUCGUCGCAUUUAUCGUCAUCGUCCUAUCGCAGGUCACCGGUUGGCCCAGAAAGCAAUUUCGCUAGCGCCACGAACAGGCGUCUGCAGCAUUGCAAGGCAAACGCUGCCCCUGUUGGAGUUGUGUAUCUGCCCCACCAACGCCGAGGCCGCCAGGCACUGGAUGGACGAUCGUCUACGGUCUGCAGCUGGAAAGCCAGUCCGGCGUAAGAGUUGGGGACACUAAAGUAUACCGCCAUUGGGAAAUGCAAUCCUCUCCAACGCGUCAUCCGCAGCACCAGCAGCUCCGUGCAGUCGUAAAGUGUCAUGACGUCUCAUCUGAGAACGGUGAGUGGUCGUAAAUGCAAGCUACGACUCCAUCUCAAUUGGAUAAAGAAUGUAGUUGAUCAAAUGGCCAUGGAAUGUGAUGGGAUUUGAUAGUAUGCGAUGUGAUUGAUAGUUACAUUUAUCCUGGUCCUCGAGGCUAUAUUGAUGGAGUGCUUUAAGCCUCGAUCAAUGAUUAGUUUCUUUACCUUUAUGAGAUUUAUUCAGACGCGAACUGCGAUGUGGGAUUCUAGAACCUGUGUAAUGAAGUCUGAAGUACAUACUCGACAUUCAAGACUAGAACUUCGAGUAUGUACAAUGUUGAAUGAAACUAGACAUGCUUCGUGGCCACUUCGACCAC